AUGCAACGAAUUUUAAAUAAAAAUACCUGUAAAUUAUUAACUUCCUCGUCUAUUCGCGGCUUUGCUUCAGCAGUUAAAAUUCCGUCACCUAAACCUGUUUGGGAGGAUGAACCGAAAUUCACUCAGAUUUUUAUUAACAACGAAUGGGUCAACUCAAAGAGUGGAAGAACCUUUCCGACCAUCAAUCCUGCGACCAAAACUAAAAUUGCGGAAGUGCAAGAGGGGGAUAAGGCUGAUAUUGAUGCUGCUGUUAAGGCUGCCUGUGAUGCCUUUAAAUUGGGCUCUGAAUGGCGCCGUAUGGAUGCUUCAGCCCGUGGACUUUUACUAAAUAAAUUAGCUUCCCUAAUUGAAAGGGAUGCUGUUGAGCUCGCUUCUUUGGAGACUUUGGAUAAUGGAAAGCCUUACAAGGACGCCUAUUUAGCUGACCUGCCUCUUUCAAUUGCCGUUUAUCGUUAUUAUGCUGGCUGGGCUGAUAAAAACCAUGGAAAGACAAUACCUAUAGGAGGAGACUAUUUUUGCUAUACACGUCAUGAGCCUGUUGGAGUUGUUGGCCAAAUCAUCCCAUGGAACUUCCCUCUUCUUAUGCAAGCUUGGAAGUUAGCACCAGCCCUGGCUAUGGGCAACACAGUUAUCUUGAAGCCAGCUGAACAGACUCCGUUAACGGCUCUGUAUGUUGCUAAUUUAAUUAAAGAGGCUGGUUUCCCUCCAGGAGUCGUUAAUAUUGUGCCUGGUUUUGGACCAACUGCUGGAAAGGCACUUGCUACACAUCCUAAAGUGGAUAAAGUUGCAUUCACUGGCUCAACUGAGGUUGGACUACAAGUCAAGCGUGAAUGUUCUGAAGCAAAUUUGAAACGAAUAACUCUGGAGCUUGGAGGAAAGAGUCCAAAUAUAAUCUUUUCUGAUGCCGACAUGCCUCUUGCGGUGGAACAGGCUGCUUUUGGACUCUUUUUCAAUCAAGGCCAAUGUUGUUGUGCUGGUUCGAGGACUUUUGUGGAAUCAAAAAUUUAUGAUGAAUUUGUGGAACGUUCUAAGGUUUGCAAGUUUUUUUGCUUUAUGUUUUUUUAUUUUUUGCUUUAUAUUUUUUGCUUAUAUUUCUUUUUUCAUUUUGAUUUUUUGCUUCCUAUUUUAUUUUUCUGUUUCGACUUAUUUUCUGUUACUUUUUCGCUCCUUAUAUCUCAUUGCUUCAACAUUCUGUUUUUUUUCGCUAUAACUUGUACUUUAAAUGGUCAAAGCAAAAAUUUUAUGCUUCAAGUUUUUUUUAUUUUUUGCUUCAAGUUUUCCUUUGCUUCAAUUUUUUUCUUUUUUGCUUCAAGUUUAUUCGAAGCAAAAAUUUUUUGCUUCAAGUUUCUUUCCUUUGCAUCAAUUUUUACUUCAAGUCUUUUGAAGCUUUUUUGCUUCAAGUUUUUUCCUUUGCUUCGAUUUUUACUUCAAGUUUUUUCUGAAGCAAAAAAUUUUUUGUUUCAAGUUUUUUCCCUUUCUUGCUUCUAUUUUUUCUUUUUUGCUACUAGUAUCCUCGCAGAGAGUCGUAUUUUGGGCAACCCUUUCGACUUAAAUGUCAAUCACGGACCACAAAUCGAUGGUGAUCAAGAAACAAAAAUUCUUCGUCUAAUUGAGCACGGCAAAAAAGAGGGUGCAAAAUUGGUUACUGGAGGAGGAAAAUUUGUUGGAAAACAAGCAAAUAAUGGUUAUUAUGUUCAACCAACAAUAUUUUCUGAUGUUAAAUCUGAAAUGAAAAUUGCCCAAGAAGAGAUUUUUGGUCCAGUUAUGUCAAUCAUUAAAUUUGAUGACCUCAAAGAUUUGGUGGAAAAAGCAAAUGAGACUUGCUAUGGAUUGGCUGCUGGUGUGGUUACUCGAGACAUGGACAAAGCUUUGUAUAUAGCUAACAAUAUCAGAGCCGGGACUGUUUGGGUAAACUGCUACGACGUCUUCGACGCCGCUGCUCCAUUUGGUGGAUAUAAAAUGUCUGGAAUUGGCCGGGAAUUGGGUGAAUAUGGAUUAAAGCCAUAUACAGAAGUAAAGACUGUGACUAUUAAGGUUUCUCAAAAGAAUUCCUGA